AUGGCGACUUCCGUCGAUAACCGCCAUUAUCCUCGCCACAACUCCGCCAUGAACGGCGUCGUUCGCUCCUUCAAACCACCACCAGUCCCCUCCCGCUCAUUCGAUCGCAACCGUCACCAAAACCAGACUGCUACCACUAUCUCCGUUCUAACCGAAGAAAAACUCGUCAAAGAAACCGAAACGACCACCGUCACCAUCCUUGACGACCGUUACGAUUCCAGCGACGACGAAGAAGAGAGCCAUAACCGUAACGUACCUUACUACAAAGAGAUGAUUCGUAAAUCAAACAUCGAUUUAGAACCGUCGAUUCUAGAUCCAAGAGACGAAUCAACGGCUGAUAAUUGGAUCCAACGAAACUCAUCAAUGGUACGUCUCACCGGAAAACACCCAUUCAACGCCGAAGCACCACUCCCUCGUCUCAUGCACCACGGAUUCAUCACUCCCGUACCUCUCCAUUACGUACGUAACCACGGUGCUGUACCCAAAGCCGAUUGGUCAGAUUGGGAAAUCGAAAUCACCGGAUUAGUAAAAAAACCAGAGAAAUUCACCAUGGAGAAACUAAUCGCCGAGUUUCCGAGCCGCGAAUUUCCGGUGACACUCGUUUGCGCCGGUAAUCGCCGGAAGGAACAGAACAUGGUGAAACAAACGAUCGGAUUCAACUGGGGAUCCGCCGGAGUUUCGACUUCUUUAUGGAAAGGAGUUCCGUUGAGUGAAAUUCUCCGGCGAUGCGGGAUCUAUAGCCGGAGAGGAGGUGCGAUUAACGUUUGUUUCGAAGGAGCGGAGGAUCUUCCCGGAGGCGGCGGAUCUAAAUACGGAACGAGUGUAAGGAAAGAGAUUGCUAUGGAUCCUUCUAGAGAUAUUAUAUUAGCUUAUAUGCAAAACGGUGAGUUUUUAGCUCCGGAUCAUGGGUUUCCGGUUCGGGUUAUAAUACCCGGUUUUAUUGGUGGGAGAAUGGUUAAAUGGUUAAAACGAAUCAUUGUUACUCCUCAAGAAUCUGAUAGUUACUAUCACUAUAAAGACAAUCGUGUCCUUCCUUCUCUUGUUGAUGCUGAGCUCGCUAAUGCUGAAGCGUGGUGGUAUAAGCCGGAAUAUAUCAUUAACGAGCUUAAUGUAAACUCGGUGAUUACGACUCCGGGUCACGAGGAGAUUUUGCCGAUUAAUGCGUUCACUACGCAGAAGCCGUAUACAUUAAGAGGCUAUGCUUAUUCUGGAGGAGGGAAGAAGGUAACGAGAGUUGAGGUGACUUUAGACGGAGGAGACACGUGGAGUGUAUGUGAGCUUGAUCAUCAAGAGAAGCCGAACAAGUAUGGCAAGUUCUGGUGCUGGUGUUUCUGGUCAAUAGACGUUGAGGUUCUUGAUCUGCUUAGUGCUAAAGAUGUCGCGGUUCGAGCCUGGGACGAGUCUUUCAACACCCAGCCUGAUAAACUCAUUUGGAACCUCAUGGGGAUGAUGAACAAUUGCUGGUUCAGAGUGAGAACAAACGUGUGCAAGCCUCACAGAGGAGAGAUAGGGAUAGUUUUCGAACACCCGACCCGACCCGGUAACCAAUCGGGUGGGUGGAUGGCUAAGGAGCGUCAGCUCGAGAUUUCUUCAGAGUCAAACAAUACCCUGAAGAAAUCUGUUUCAUCUCCAUUCAUGAACACUGCUUCAAAGAUGUAUUCAAUCUCCGAAGUUCGAAAACACAACUCAGUCGAAUCCGCAUGGAUCAUAGUCCAUGGUCACAUCUACGACUGUACACGUUUCUUGAAAGACCAUCCAGGUGGUUCAGACUCGAUCCUCAUCAACGCAGGAACCGAUUGUACCGAAGAGUUUGAAGCUAUUCAUUCAGAUAAAGCUAAGAAGCUUCUUGAAGAUUAUCGUAUCGGUGAACUCAUCACAACCGGCUACGAUUCUUCCCCUAACGUCUCAGUCCAUGGUGGUUCGAACGUAGCUUCUUUGUUAGCUCCAAUCAAAGAGCUAACUCCUACGAAAAACAUCGCUUUGGUCAAUCCACGAGUGAAAGUACCAGUCAGGCUCAUCGAGAAGACUUCGAUAUCUCACGAUGUUCGUAGAUUCCGAUUCGCAUUACCAUCGGAAGAUCAGCAGCUUGGUUUGCCUGUAGGGAAACACAUUUUCCUCUGCGCGAACAUUAACGACAAACUCUGUCUCAGAGCUUAUACUCCGACCAGCACGGUCGAUGCGGUCGGACAUAUCGAUCUAGUCGUCAAGGUUUACUUCAAAGAUGUCCAUCCAAGAUUCCCAAACGGAGGACUCAUGUCACAACAUUUAGACUCGUUACCGAUUGGGGCGGUUUUAGACAUCAAAGGUCCAUUAGGACACAUUGAAUACACAGGUAAAGGUAACUUCAUGGUCAAUGGUAAACCAAAGUUUGCCAAGAAACUAGCCAUGCUUGCUGGAGGAACAGGCAUUACCCCGAUCUACCAAAUCAUUCAAUCGAUACUGAGUGAUCCAGAGGACGAAACGGAGAUGUUUGUGGUUUACGCAAACCGAACCGAAGAUGACAUACUUGUGAGGGAAGAGUUAGAAGGAUGGGCUAAUAAGCAUAAGGAGAGGCUAAAGAUUUGGUACGUUGUUGAAAUCGCAAAGGAUGGUUGGAAUUAUAGUACCGGGUUUAUAACCGAAACAGUGCUGAGAGAACAUAUCCCGGAAGGUUUAGAAGGCGAAACGCUCGCACUCGCCUGUGGACCACCGCCUAUGAUUCAGUUCGCGUUGCAGCCGAAUCUAGAGAAGAUGGGUUACAACGUGAAGGAAGAUCUCUUGAUCUUUUAA